GCGCGCGCACACACGCGUGACACACACACACACAAACAGACAUACACAUACACACACAAAGCCCGUGCUGUGGACACACCGGAGGCCCGUGCCGGGGGUCGCGCGGCUCGUCCUGCUGAGCGCAUCACCUUCAUCAGCGUCGCCUUCAUCAUCGCCGCCUCUCUUUUAAAUGUUAGAGACGGAAAAGCGGCUGCGACGAGGCAACAUCUGCUGGUGAGCGCCUCUCACACUCGAGGAAUAUGUUCGCUCCCUGGUUCACUUUUGCACUUCUUUGGGGAACUUUUUGUGCAGGACCGAGCCAUGGGGAGGCCGAGACCAGAGAGUGUGUCUUCUACAACGUCGACUGGGAGAUCGACAAGACGAACCAGAGCGGCCUGGAGCGCUGCGAGGGCGAGAAGGACAAGCGGCUGCAUUGCUACGCCUCGUGGCGCAACAACUCGGGUGUCAUCGAGCUCGUGAGGAAGGGCUGCUGGCUCGAUGACUUCAACUGCUACGACAGGCAGGAGUGCGUGGCCACCGAGGAGAACCCCCAGGUGUUCUUCUGCUGUUGCGAGGGCAACUACUGCAACGAGCGCUUCACUCACGUGCCCGAUGUGAGCGGGCCACCAGUGAAGAUCAAGCCUCCGCUGCCCACACCCUCCCUGCUCAGCGUCCUGAUCUAUUCACUGCUUCCAAUCACCGUGCUCUCCAUGGCCCUGCUCCUGGCCUUCUGGAUGUACCGCCACCGCAAGCCCCCAUAUGGCCACGUGGACAUCAUAGAGGAUCCAGGGCCACCUCCACCCUCACCACUGGUGAGCCUCAAACCCCUGCAGCUGCUGGAGAUCAAGGCCAGGGGACGCUUUGGCUGCGUGUGGAAGGCGCAGCUGCUCAACGAAUAUGUAGCUGUCAAGAUUUUCCCAGUUCAGGACAAGCAGUCGUGGCAGAACGAGCGGGACAUCUUCCGCACCCCGGGGAUGAAACACGAGAGCCUGCUGCGCUUCAUAGCGGCCGAGAGACGCGGCACCGGCACCGAGGCGGAGCUGUGGCUCAUCACGGAGUUCCACGAGAAGGGCUCCCUGUCCGAUUACCUGAAGGGCAACACAGUGACCUGGAAUGAACUGUGCCACAUCGCGGUGACCAUGUCCCGCGGACUCGCCUACCUGCACGAGGACGUACCGCGGUGCAAGGGUGAAGGGCCCAAGCCAGCCAUUGCACACAGGGACUUCAAGAGUAAGAAUGUGAUGCUCAGGAACGACCUGUCGGCGGUCAUCGGGGACUUUGGCCUCGCCGUACGCUUUGAGCCAGGCAAACCCCCAGGAGACAUGCACGGUCAGGUGGGCACCAGGAGGUACAUGGCCCCUGAGGUCCUGGAAGGGGCCAUCAACUUCCAGAGAGAUGCCUUCCUGAGGAUAGACAUGUACGCCAUGGGCCUGGUGCUGUGGGAGCUGGCAUCGCGCUGCAAGGCUGCAGACGGUCCAGUCGACGAGUACAUGUUGCCAUUCGAAGAGGAAGUGGGACAACACCCAUCCCUGGAGGACCUGCAGGAAGUCGUCGUCCACAAAAAGAUGAGGCCGGUCCUCAAGGACUGUUGGUUGAAACACCCCGGCUUGGACCAGAUGUGUGAGACCAUCGAGGAGUGCUGGGACCACGACGCGGAGGCCCGCCUGUCGGCCGGCUGCGUGGAGGAGCGCAUCGCUCAGAUCAGCAGGCAGACCAACGGCCCUACCUCAGACUGUUUGGUCUCUAUGGUGACCUCCGUCACCAAUGUGGACUUGCCAUCCAAAGAGUCCAGUAUCUGAGUCGAUCGUCGCGAGAGGGCAAGAAAAAACCAACCACGAGAAAAACACACAAACGACAAACCCUCGUCUUUCCAGACUCAGUGGAUCUCAACAAACUAUGAAACAUGAAUGCAGCUGCUAUUUUUCCUGAAGUUUUUUAUUUUUUAUUUUUUAUUUCGUUUGGUUAGAUCAAUAUU